AUGACCAUGGAUACCGAAUAUGAAAAAGAUCAUAUCAAAAAACUGCAGGAGCAGCGUAUGUCCAUGCAAAAGAAAACCUUUACCAACUGGAUUAACAAUGUCUUCUCCAGGAAUAAUGUAAAGGUUGAGUUAGAAGAUAUUUACACAGACUUGAAAGAUGGCAUCUCUCUCAUGAAACUCCUGGAGCUGCUCUCGGGAGAAGUUUUGCCCAAACCAAGCCGGGGAACUAUGAGAGUGCAUUUUUUAGAGAACAACAGCAAAGCCAUCUCAUUUCUGAAAUCCAAGGUACAAGUAAAAGUGAUUGGUCCUGAGAAUAUCGUAGAUGGUGACAGAACCUUAAUCCUAGGACUUAUCUGGAUCAUCAUACUUAGAUUUCAGAUUUCAUCUAUCAAACUUGAUAAGGAAGAAUUUGGAGGCAGAGCUGAUGUUCUGUUUGCCAAUGAAGCCUUACUACUCUGGUGUCAGCAUAAAACUGCCAGCUAUUCCAAUGUAAAUGUGAAGGACUUCUCCAGAAGUUGGAGUGAUGGGCUGGCCUUCAAUGCACUCAUACAUGCUCACAGGCCUGAUCUUAUCCACUAUAGCUCACUGAGGCAGGACCAGCCCAUUAAAAACCUGAACAAUGCCUUUGAUGUUGCUGAGAAAGAGCUUGGAAUCAGCAAACUGCUUGAUGCUGAGGAUGUGGCUGUGCCCUAUCCAGAUGAGAGAUCCAUCAUGACUUAUGUGUCACUCUAUUACCACUACUUUUCCAGACUGAAACAAGGCCAGACAAUACAGAAGCGACUUACCAAAAUUGUGUUCUUCCUGAAGGAGAUAGAUGACUUGAAGCUUCUGUAUGAGCAGAUGGUCUCUGACCUCCUGAAAUGGAUUAAGCAGAAGGUGAUGGAACUGGAUGACCGUCAUUUCCCCAACUCUCUUCAGGAAAUGUGGCUGCUCAUGGCCAACUUCAAAACCUUCCGCACUGUGGAGAAACCCCCCAAAUAUCAAGAGAAAGGCAUGAUUGAAGCUCAUCUCUUCAACAUCAGGACCAAACAGAGAGCCAACAACCAAUGGCCAUACUUGCCCCCAGAGGGGAAGAUGCUGCAGGAUGUGGAAAAGCAUUGGGUCAUCCUGGAAAAGUCAGAGCACAACCGGGGAAAAGCACUGCAAAAGGAGAUGCUGAGGCUAGAAAGGCUGGAACAGCUAGCGCAGAGGUUCCUGAAGAAGGCAGCCCUGCGUGAGUCCUACUUGGAAGACAUGAGGAAAGUUAUUGGGAAGCAGGACUUCUGGCCGGAGAGUGUGGACAGGAUGGAGGCUGCCAGUAAGAAGCUGGAAGCCCUUGUGGCAGAUGUACUGCCCAGGAAGGAACGCUUCACAGCUUUGGAUGAAAUGGCCACUGUUAUUAGCCAGGAGAACUAUCACAGCAAAGAUCAAAUCUUGAAGAAGCAAAAAACCAUUUCAAAGCAAUGGCAGGAUCUCCUGGAUCAGCUGCAGAGACGAGAACAAUCCCUGGGUACAAUGCAGGAAAUUCUUGGCCUUCUAAGGGACAUUGAUGCCAUUACAGAGGAGCUGAAAGAGCUACAGGUGCUAGUGAAUUCCCAGGAUUGUGGUAAGCAGCUCCUGGAAGUAGUAGAUUUGCUACAGAAUCACAGCUUGAUUGACUCGCAGAUCUCUUCCUAUGGUGGUAGAUUGACACACAUCGCCCAAAGGACAGCAGAAAUCAGCAAGGACAGCACAAUUAAACCAGAAGUGCUUUAUGCAAAAGUUCAGAUGCUUCAUCAGCUGUAUCAGAACCUUACAGCUCUGAGCAAGUCACGAAAAUCUCAGCUAGAAGAGGCUUUGAAACUCUUUGAAUUCUUCCGUGACUGCAAAGAGGAGGAAUCGUGGGUCUCUGAGAAAUGGAAGCUAGCAAGAACUACAACAUUAGGGAAAGAUGUCAGCCAGAUUACAGCCUCUAUUCAGAAGAACAAGGCUCUUGAAGCAGAGUGCAAUUCCCACAGAGCCAUAUGUGCAAAUGUGAUGAGGAGGGGCUGGGAGCUCAGCCAAAAGAACCCUGCUCGCCAGGAUGACAUUCUGAGGCAGACAGACAACCUGCAGAAGCUGUGGCAGCAGCUCCAAGAUGAGGUGGCUGAUCGCAAAAACCGCCUGCAGGCAGCAGCUCUCAUCAAACAGUACUUUGCUGACAUCGAUGAAGCAAAUUCAUGGUUGCGAGAAAGGCAGCCCCUUCUAGCCAGCAAGGACUAUGGAAAAGAUGAAUCAAGUGCAGAAGCACUGUUGCAUCGUCACUUGCGCCUGGAGAAGGAGAUUGCAGCCUAUUUCUCUGAGAUGACACGCCUGAAACAGCAGGCUGACAUUGCAGCACAGCAAGCUCCAGCUGCCGUGAUGAAGAGGGAAGCCCCAAGUGACUUAAAUCAAAAGACAACUAAGCUACCGUUCAGUCGAACCUGGGAAACAUCAGAAACUGCAUCCACUGGAACCUUAAGUCCAGAUGUUCAUUUUCUUUCAGAGAACAUCUGGAAAACCCAAGAUGAAAUAGGUUCACUUUACAAAAAUCUACAGAGCAUGGCUGAGAGCAGAAAAAAGGCUCUGGAGGAGAUGAUCGGCUAUUACCGCUUCUGUAGCUCUUGCGAAGAAUUUCAGUCAUGGAUGAAAGAUAAAGAGAACAUUUUCCGGACUCUUCAACCUCAAGCAGACAAUGUGGAGGUCAUGCAGCAGAAAUAUCAGAGCUUUUUAACAGAACUGGCUGCAGGCAAAGACCAGCUGGGAGACAUUGAAAAAUUAGCGGUUAAAUAUGGGAAGAUCAGUCCCAGCAAAUAUUCUGAGAUCCAGGUUUGGCUGGAAGAGAUGAACAUCAGUUGGAGUCGCAUGGAAACUCUGAAAGAGGAAAAGGGCUCUGAACUGAUUGGAGUGGCUGAUGUGAAGACAUUUCUUCAGGACUGUCAGAGCAUAGGAGUACUACUGCAUGACAAGAUGGUCCAGCUCAGGGAUCUGGAACCAGGGAACUUGCCUGCUGGGCUGGAGUCAGACAAGCGCAAACUGUAUACAGUUGAGAGAGAGGUCCUGGUGAUAGAGAGGAAAAUUGAAUACUUGAGGAGUGUUGCAAAGUCUAUUAAGGACACGAACCCUGCAGAGAGCAGGGCCAUCACUGAGCAGGUAGAGAACAUGGAGAGGCUGCUGGCAAAUCUCAAGCUGGAGACCCAAAAGAAGCAGGACAUUCUGCAGUGGGCACAAAAUCGACAGUCCUUUCUGCAAGACAGCCGUAGGCUUCUACUGUGGGCAGAAGGCAUUCAGGAGAAGCUGAGCAGUGAAGAAAUGGGUGUGGAUGUGGCUUCUGCAGAGCAAUUGCUGAAGGAACAUCAAGACCUGCUGAAAGAAAUUAGCUCUCAGAAAGAAAGAUUUGUGCAGCUGGAAGAGCUAGGGCACAAAGUAAUCCACCAACAACCCAGUAACAGCAGGACCAUGGACGUCCACCAGUCCAUGGAGAGGCUUGCCAAGGAGAACAAAGAACUGCUGAAAAUGUGGGAACAGCGAUUGAAAAAGCUGCAGGAUGGCCUGGAAUUGCAGAAAUUCAAUAGGGAAGGAGACCGUAUCAAUGCAGCCCUCUCUGGCCAUGAGGCCUUUCUCCGGGGAGAUGACCUUGGGGACCAUGUAGAUGCUGUUCGAAGUCUGCUGAAGCAACAUCAGGAAUUUGAACAAGUGCUGGUGGCACUGAAGAGACGAGUUGAAGCACUUAAUGAAAAUGGGGUGAACCUCCUAGAGAGCAGGCACUUUGCAUCUCAUGUCAUUGAAGAAAGAAUGGUCACCCUCCGGCAAAGGUGGGAACAGCUGAUACAAAGCAAUGCAAAGAGAAAACAGAGACUGUUGGAUUCCCUGCAGCUACAGGAGUUUAAUCGUGAUGCUGCUGAGCUUUUAAUAUGGAUGGAAGAGAAGUACAAGAUUGCAUUGGAUGAAUCCUAUCGUGAUCCAACAAAUGUUCUACGCAAACUAAAGUGGCAUGAGACUGCUGAGAAGGAAAUGUUGGCUAACGAGAAGCAUUUUACGACGCUGAUAAAGAAAGGAAAUCAGUUGAUUCAAGACAACCAUUAUGCUGCAGUUUCUAUCCAGGAGAAGAUGUCAGAGCUUCAAAAGAACUGGAAGGAAUUGUAUGGCAAGAUGGUAGAGCGAGGUGACAAACUGAGACAAGCUGGACAGCAAGAACAGCUCAUGGAACUGCUCCAGGAUGCCAAAAAGAAGAUAGAGAAAAUUGAGAAAGUUCUUCAGGAACCUGAGACAGGCCAUGAUUUGCGCUCCAGCCGUAAUCUACUCAAGCAGCACAGACAGCUGGAAAAUGAGACGCAUGAGCUGGCAGAGAAAAUGAAUGCUAUUGUAUCUCAUGCAAGGAAAAUGGCCACCAAUCACUUUGACUCCCAGAGGAUUCUGGAUGAAACACAGAAAUAUCUGAAAAGGUUUGAGUCUUUGGAAGCACCUCUUUAUGAGAGGCGUAAGUUGCUGGAAGCUGCAGUGGAUCUUUAUGAGUUCUACCAUUAUCAUGACAUGGAAUUGAACUGGAUUAAUGAGCGCUUGGCUAUUGCCCAUUCCACCAACUGUGGGAAGUCCUUGGAUGUGGCUCAAAACCUGUUGCAAAAACACAAGGAACUGCAGGCAGAAGUGACUGCCCAUAAACAGCAAGUCCAACGGUUCCUGGAUAAAGGAAAGACAAUGAUUGUAGGCCAGCACCCAUCACCUCAGAAAAUAAAUGAGAAAUGCCAGGAGCUUGUGACUGCCUGGCAGGGCUUGGAGAAGUCUUGUGAGGAAAGGAUGAAGCAGCUGCAGCACUCAGUUGGCUUCCAGGAGUUUUUAGUGAAUACUUCAGACCUGGAGGCUUGGAUUGCAGAAAAAUAUCCACUUGUGGCAAGCAAGGACUAUGGUAAAGAUGAAGAUGGAACACUGAAACUCAUCAAAAAACAUAAGGCACUGGAGCAUGAGAUUGCCAUUUACCAAGAUUUAAUGAAAGAACUGAGCGAAAGUGCCCAAACUCUUCUUCUUGUGGGCUCCAUCCAGUAUACUGAGGUUGAUGCACCAAAGGAACAAGUUCGUUCAAGACUCCAGGAGUUACAGGAGCUAUCAGCAGCAAGAGGGAAGAAGCUGGAUGAAACUCUUGUCUUGCAUGAGUUUGUACGAGAAUAUGAAGAUCUGGAAGACUGGAUCACUCAGCAGAAACAAACAGCCAGCUCUGAAGACUAUGGAAAUGAUUAUGAACAUGUCUUGCAACUUUGUGCCAGAUAUGACACAUUCCGACACCAGUUGGAAGCAGCUGGGAAAAGAGUUGUGGCUUUCCAGCAGCUGGCAGACCACUUGCUGAACUGUGACCAUUCUGGGUCCUGGGAAAUUCGGCAGAUGCAGAAAGAGCUAAGGAACUCUUGGGAGGAGCUGUUAGAAAUUACCAGAUUACGAGGUGCACGGCUGAGAGACGCUGAGGCGAUUCACAAGUGUUACCAAGAUCUAACUGAUGCUCUGGCCCAUAUUGAGGAGAAGUCCAAAAGUAUUCCAGAUGAUGUUGCUAAGGACAUGAGAGGUGUGCAAACCCAGCUCCGCAACCAUGUGGCCUUGGAACACGAGCUCUCGGGUAAUGAGCAGCAGCUGCAGGAGCUGAUCCACUCUGCAGAUCAUGUGCUGCCCCACUGCUCAAAGAAACAGGUGGAAGACCUAAAAGCAAAGCAGCAGGCAAUACUGACCAACUGGAAGGCUCUGAAGUCUAAAGUGGAACUGCGCAAGAAACUCCUGGAACAAAUAUACAAGCUUCACGAGUUUCAGGCACAUGUGUGGGACUAUUUCUUAUGGACAGCAGAAAUAAUAAGGGAAAUGAGAGCCAAAGAGAUGAUUCGGGACAUAUCUACUAGCAACCUAAGACUUACCCAGCAUCAACAGCUACUGGCAGAGAUUGAAGCACGAGAAGAGAAGUAUAGUCAUGCUGUACAGCUGGGUCAGUCACUCCUGCAAGAUGAGGAAAUGGGAUCAAAAGAGAUUCAGCAGAAACUACAGGCUUUAAUGGAAGAGAAGAAAAAUGUAUACAAUGCAUGGAAACAGAAGAAGGAGUGGCUGGAGAAAAUACACCAAGAACAAAUGUUCUACAAGGAUUGGGAUCACCUGGACCUGCUCCUGAAUUCACAGGAGAUUUAUUUGAAAAGCAGUGACCUUGGAACCUCUGUAGAUGAAGUAGAGCAACUGAUAAGGAAACAUGAGGCUUUUGAGAAGCUUCUGGCAUCACAGGAUGAGAAGAUGAUGUCUCUUCAAGAACAGGCAAGCAGGCUGGAAAAGGCUGAUGGACUGGAAGGGCGAAAGAUUCAGCAUAAGCUGAAUGUCAUUCAUGACAGGAAGCGUCAGAUCAAGGAUCUAUCCCAGAGCAGGAGAGAGAAGCUGCAGAUUGCCCUUCUUCUGGCACUUUUCUACCAGAACUUGGAAGAGGCAGAAGACUGGAUCAGUGAACGCAUGCAGAAGUUAGAGGAUCCUUCCAUACAAGACCCUAGCAAUCUGCAGGACAAAAUGAAGCUGCUGCAGAAACAUCAGGUCUUUGAGGCAGAGAUUCUAGCAAAUGAAGAAAUUAUCACAGCUGUUAAUAAGAAAGGAGAAGCCCUGAUAUCAAAAGGCCACCCAAAAUCAGGAGAGAUCCGUCGCGAAGUCCGCUUGCUUCAGGAGCAUUGGGAGAAGUUGAAGAGAGCUGUUGCUGCUCGUGGAAAGAUGCUGGAGGACAGUCGGGACUUCCUAGAAUUUCUCCAAAAGGUGAACCAGGUGGAAGCCUGGAUCAGGGAGAAGGAAGUCAUGAUUAAUGUAGGUGAUGUGGGAAAUGACUAUGAGCACUGCCUGCAACUCAAGAAAAAGUUGAAUGAGUUCCGUGGAGCAACGUCAGGGCAAAUUCAUAAUUACAUGACUGGGUUUUCUGGAAUAAAAAUCUCCAUAACUUUUAUUUUUGAUAUGUCACUUUACCCUUACUCUUUCCAGAAUUUGGAGAAUGAGAUAAACAGUCGGGAUGCUUUGACCAAAGCAGUGCUCAGUACAGGACAGAAACUGGUAAGGGGAGGCCACUCGGCCUCACCCAAGAUUAUGCAGCAUUUGAAGGAACUUGAGACUUCUGUAGAAAAAUUGAAGGCAGAGGCUCAAGAAAGGAGACUGAGGCUCACGCAGUCAUAUGAGGCCCAUCUGUUCCUAAAUGAGCUACUGGAGGUGGAGGCAUGGCUGGCAGAGAGGAGUUUCAUUCUGGAUACCUCGGAUUAUGGGAAGAAUGAAGAAUCCACACAAGUCUUACUUCGUAAACUUGAAGCUACCAAACUGGACAUGGACAGUUUCAGGUCCCGGAUUGAGAAAGUACAGCAGACAGGAGCCAGCUUAAUAAACAAAGACAGUCCAGAGAGCUCAAUCAUACUUUCAAAGCUCCAGGGGAUCCUAGCAGACUACCAGUCUCUCCAACAGAAGUCUGAGACGCAGAGAAAAUGCCUACAAGAACAAUUCCAACUCUAUCAGUUUGAAAGAGAAUUCCAGCUGGUGGAUGCCUGGCUUUCCAGUAAACAGUCUGUAGCAGAGUCUGAUAACUAUGGGCAGGACUUAGAUGAUGUUGAGGUGCUGGAGAAAAAGUUUAAAGAUUUUGUAAAUGAGGUGAAACCUCUGGGACAUUCUAAAGUUGUCUCCUUAAAUGAAUUAACAUCUAAACUGUAUAAGGAAGGCCAUAGCAAGAUGGACAUUAUCGAGACAAGAACAAAGCAAAUCAAUGAAACCUGGGAGAAACUAUGCCAUGCCAUUCAGAUGAGGACAGAGAAUCUAAGAGCAGCACGUCAAGUUCACCAGUACGAUCAUGAUGUGGAUGAAGUAAAGGGUUGGAUGCAGGAGAAAGAGGCAGUGGUGGAUAUAGAAGAUUAUGGGUAUGAUCUUCCAGGUGUACAGACACUUCUCAGUCAUCUUGAGGGAGUAGAGAGAGAUCUAGGAGUCAUCAUGAAAGAGCUGGAACGGAUUCGAGGAGAGGCUUGGCACCUCAGCCGCACAUACCCUGAAGUUAAGGAAAAUAUCAUGGAGAGACUCACAGAUGUGGAUGAGUCCUGGGAAAAACUGGACAAAAAAUUUCUGGAGAGGAAGGCGAGACUGAGUCAGGCAGAACAGGUCCAGCUCUACUUCAAUGCCUGCAGGGAGCUGAUGACGUGGGCCAAUGAGAUGCAUGCACUAGUGAUAUCUGAGGAACUGGCAAAUGAUGUCCUGGGAGCUGAACUGCUUAUCAAGCGUCAUGAGGAAUACAAGCGUGAGAUAGAGAAGCAGUGGCUAAAAUAUGAAGAAAUGCAGCGGGCAGGAGGUGACCUGGUGAAGAAUGCACAUUUCAUGUCUGUGGAGAUUGAAGAAAAACUGUUAGAGCUGUCAGAGCUGAUGAAGAAGGUAAAGGAGAGCUGGGACAUGAGGAAAGUGUUAUAUGAAGAAAACUGGGAGAUUCAAUUGCUCCGCAGAGAGCUAUUACAAGCAGAAGCAUGGCUGACUGCCAAGGAGAGCUUUCUUUCAGAUACCAACUACGGGGAUUCAGUAUCUGAAGUAGAAGAAUUACUGAAGAAACACCAUGAUUUUGAGAAGAUGCUCGCAGCACAGGAGGAGAAGUUUGCUCAGCUCAGCAGGAAAACUAAGAGAGAGAUGAAUCUUCUGAAACAAGUGGACACAGAAGACAGUGAGCAUAAGGAUAAAGGCAAAGUUGUACGGGUUCCCUCUCUGAAGAGAAAAACAUCUGACAAAAGGAACACACCACCAAAAGUGACAGAGAUAAAGAGCACAAUGCCAUUACCAUCUGUGCCCUUACCCAGCCUGUCCUGGAGGGCCCCACUUGAAACUAUUUUCUCCCCUGUUGAAAAAUCUCCAACAAGGUUCCAACAACUCAUUGCUGAGGAUGUCCCUGAAGUGCUGAGCAGCAACAAAACAGAAAUGAAAGCUGAAACAAGGCUCAGUGAGAUUAUCCCUCCACCUACACCAAAGAUGGUGAGUCCACAAGCUAGUUCUUUGGAAAGUCACAGUUCUUUAAGCUCUUCUUUAUCUCCUACUCCUAUAAACCAGCAACACAGUAGCAGUUUGUCAGAAUCUGGUGCCACAGACCACCUAUCUCCUCAGGAAAAAGGUGCUAUAGGCUCCUUUAUCUCCAAACUCCAGACCAAACUAAUGGCAACACCACCCAAGCCUGGAAAAAGGUCCCUAGAUAUAUCACCAAACUUACUGCUGUCUAACUCCUCUCGGGAGACAUUAGAGAAUACGUCUUUGGUUUCUGCAAGUCUCCAGCACAUGGAAGGUUUCCUAGAGAAGAGAGACCAGCUCCUUCCAGGAAGACAACAGCCAGGCUCAAGGUCUUGGAAAUCCUUCUACAUAAAACUUGAUGGAUUAAAGCUUGAUUUCUAUAAUGAUGAAAAAGAAGCAUCUAAGAAUAUAUCCACACUCCUCUCCCUCAGUAUUGCAGGCUCCAAAUGUGAGAAGCUAGUAAAUUACACCAGGAAAGAGAACAGCUUCAUGUUGCGGCUGAGAGAUGGGGCAGAGUAUUACUUUGCAGCACCUUCUCAGACACUGAUGGAGGACUGGCUACAAGCACUACAGAAUAAUAUAGGAAACAGUAAUAGAUCACAUUCCACAGUGAUGAUGCAGCCUUUCACUCCAAACACAGAGACCUCCCAGAAAAGACUGCGGGACUUUACAGACAGGGGCUCUGCUGAAAGACUGACCAGCAAAAGCUCACUCGUGAGGAGAACACCAUCCUUCAAAAUCAAAGCGGAGAGAAAGUCUGCAGAAUUUUCCAGAUUUUAAGGAAGAUGAGACUGCAGUGACACAAGCCUCCAUCACCACCCUAAGUCUAGAACAAAGUGGAAAUAAAACAAAACUGCUUCCAUCUCUACUAGAAGCAGGAAGAGAAAAAUUAUAUUUGCCUCAAUUAAUACCAGAUCAUUAUAUCUUAACUCAGCCCUCUGGAAAUGUAUGGAUAUGUUUUAAGGUAAUCGAUUCCCUUGAAACUUUUUAAAUUAUGAAUUAAAUCUCAUAAAAUCUUUAAAUACAAUUAAAAAGGACUGCAUCUGGUGUACUUUUAUGUGUACGACAACUCUGUCAUUCACCAUACCA